ACCAUGGUUAUAUUUCAUUAUGCCAGUAGAUGGUGCUCUUGCACUGCUGUGGAACUACCAGAGAGACUCUAGCUAUAGGCUCUGCGCAUGCGCAGCUCAGAAAUAAAUGAGCUCCGGCCUGAGCAAGUCGCUAACUUCGGUGUCCUCUCUAUUAAUCCACAGGUACUGACAAACAAACUUUUACGUUACCGAACUGGUUCUGAAUCUCAUUUUGCUCAUAUUUGGCUACGCAGUGCUCUCUAGCCUGUGUGCCGCUUGCUGCCGGUCCAGAUUCCCCUAGGUCUGGUGCCAGUAACAACUGGGGGCUCGUCCGGGAUCGUCUAGUGGUGACGUGUGUGCCAAACGACCAGAACUGGUGUCCAAAGUCUCAGGGAAGGCUGCAUUGAGUGCGUCAUCCAGGGAGCCCAGGUCACAGUCAAAACGGCAAGAUGGCCACUGUUACCCCACGGCGGUUGUUGAUAGUAAAGAUCCAGAAAAGACUUUGUGAUUUGAGUGUGAGCCAGCUGCGCACUGUUCUUUCUUCAGUGGAGGAUGGCAGCAUGACUCGCAAUCUUGAUGGCUUACGUGAACCAGAACUGUAUGAACUGAUCGUCGAGUACAUCAGAGGUGAAAAGUUGAGAGCGUUGGAGGAUGAAGGUAUGGCCCAGCUCCUGCUCCUCGACGACAUCGUGAGUGACCUGCUGUCAACGGACGUCGGAGGGGCUGGAGAUCAUCUGGCCGUGCCGCUUGAGAUGGAAGAUAUUCCUAACCAGCAGCAGGAGUGCCCUACUUCACCCCACACUGACCCCACACAUCCUGACAGACAUCUGGCUAUGCCAGCUGACCACAUCCCCAUUCCACCAUCACACCCUAACACAGACUCUCACACACAGCCCAUUCUACCGCAGGACAGAGACAUCUCCACCUUUCCCUCAUCCAUGCUAAGAGACACUGAUACGCCCACCAAGAACUUCAACAUCCCAGCUUCAGUGUCACUGGCGCCUAGUGUCGCUGGGGUUUCCCCUGGCAGGAUUACAAAGUCCACCAGUGAGGAAGCUGAGAGACUGAGGCGACUGGGUACAGCAUCUAAAGCCAGACCUGUGACUGUAAGUGCCGCUCAGCUUGCUAACACUGACUUGACUGAGCAAGCGAAGGUUGACACUGAGCUACAGGCUAACCGUGCAGCUAUUAGAGAACUGACUGCCCAAGUGUCUUCACUGACCAGACAGCUAACUAAAGUGGUGAGCCAGACUGAUAGUGUGACAUCUGGAGACUCCUGCUCGCCCCUGAACCACCCUCCAACACCUCCAGCUGAGAACCGGGGCAGAUGUGGUGAUUGUGUACAGCAAGGCAAAGUGAGCUGCCCCCACUGCUUUGCGUGUGGCCAGCCAGGACACCGGGCUAUUGGCUGCCUGCGGCGUAAGGUGUCGGGAAACGGGGUGAGGUCACUGGAGAGGGGCUGCCAGUGACCGAACAAGCCGAGGAGUCCCCAGCACACACCAGUUUUGCUAAGACUUCAAGUGUGAACCAGCUGAUUCUGCAGCAGAGCAUCACCUGUUGCUUCUCCUGGCUCCCCAGUCCCUGAGUUCCUGCUGCUGCACCCACAGGCCCAGAGAGGAGGACGGCUCCGAGGCAGAUGAGGGACUGGUCCCAGGACCGUCCAUCGGUGGUGGAGCUGGCCAUCCUGGAGUUCCUGAAGAGGCCACGCCAGUCUCCAAUGGAGCAUUUCCUCCUCAGCCUUGUUCCUGCUCUGGAGAGCUGCUGGGUCCUUUUAAUUCCUGUCUCUCUGUAAAUACUUAUAUUUUAUAUAUAUAUAUGUUUAAUGUUUUUCUGUUUGAGAAUUUUAAUAUUAUUUCAAAUAAA